CGCGUCACUUCAUCAGACGACCGUGAGACACAAGACGUAUUUAUAUGGUUCCGUCUGGAUGCGAGCUUCAUUUAAAUGCUUAUUCUCGCUGUUAUUCAGUGAAGCUGAUUCAGUGCGGAUAGAGCGCCACCUGCUGGAAGACAAUGAAUCAGACCUGGAGCUCAGACGGUAAUGAUGCGGCUGUGCUGAGAGAGCAGCUCUGUGAGUUGUGGAGCAGGAAGGAUCUGGAGGAGCUGAGACAUCAGGCCUUGUCCGGGUUUUCCCGGUUCUGCUCACCCCUAGCUGGGCUCCUGAUGCUGCUGGACGGAUGUCCGAGUGUCCAGAAGAGCAGAUCCAUCACACUGGGCCAGUUCCUCCUCACCGAGUUUGUGAGAUGGAGACGUUCUCGGGUGUGGGUCAGCCUGAAGGAGCUGGAGGACGAGGAGGAGAAGAAGAACCUGCAGUUCCGGGCUCUAGAACUCAUCACAACCUUGCAGCCAGGAUGCAUGGACCUCCUGCUGGAGAUCUAUGAGUUGAAGAACCUAGAGAAGAACCUGCUGUUGGAGCAUGUGGCCUUGCUGCAGAACAGUGGCUGUUUCAGAGAGGCAGCGAAGCUUGGCAUGAAGUUAGGACUUCAGGAAGAACUUGACAUGGAACAAAUGUGUGUUCCUCUGAUCCUGAUGGACAAGCUGCCCCUGGCUGAGGCAUACGUUCAGGAUCACGCUGACCUGCAGGAGCGUCUGAUCCUCCUGCUGGACUCGUGGUGCAGUCCAGACUUUAACCUGGAGAACGUGCACAGGCAGUUUCCCUGUUUGUUGCUUUCCAAACACCAGACAGACCAAAUCCAGCCCAAGAUGCUCGUUAAACAUGUUUUCCGGCUCAUGGAAAAAUUCAGCAUUGAUCCUGGUCUGUGUGUGAACGCUGUCUACAAGAGGAAACUGGACUCUCUGAGGUUUCUCAUGUACAAGAGGUUUGGAGAGAAAAACAUGUCUGAGGAGAACUGGAGGGACCAUGUGCAGGUCACAGUGGAGGGAAGUGUGGAUCUCCAGGUUGUGUUGGUGGAGCGUCUAGUGAAAUACUGUGGACUGAAAGCUGCAGCACAAUGGGCCAAACACUACAGUGUACCGAGGGACAGACUUCCCUUUGGGGUGUGGGACACCAUGGAGACCCUGUCCUCCAGUCAGCUAGAAAUAAACAAAGUGAGUUCUUCUCUGGAUUUGUGGCUCACUCCUCCAUCUCACCAGCUUCAGUUCUACCAGCUUCCUCUGGACAGACAGCAGGUCCACAUGGUGGAGACCACGGAGCAGCUGCAGCUCUGCAAAGACUCGAUUCUCCAGGCGGGGCAUGUGGUGGGCGUGGACAUGGAGUGGAGGGCCAGAUUCGGUACAGUGAGCACACAGAGCAUCUCCCUGAUCCAGCUGGCCAUGAAGGAGCAAGUGUUCCUGUUGGAUCUGUGUUCUCCAGGUCUCAGACAUCACAGCCUGACCAUCGGCUUCAUCCGAGCUCUGCUCACCGACGUUAGCGUACUCAAACUGGGUUAUGGGAUGUCGGGCGAUUUGAGGAGUCUGGUGGCCACAUGGCCGGAGUUGAAGGAGAAACCUCUGGAGUUUAAGGGAGUUUUGGAUCUGCUCCAUGUCCAUCAGCAGCUGCAGCGGUGCUGGAGAGGAAAAGCAAGGCCUCGUCCAGUGGAGGUGAACGAGGGCUCAGCGGAGAAAGGGUUGAGUCUGCUGGUGCAGCAGGUGUUGGGAAAACCGCUAGAUAAAACGGAACAGUUGUCCAACUGGGAACGGCGUCCACUUCGCACCGGACAGGUUCGCUACGCAGCGAUAGAUGCGUUCUGUCUGUUGGAUGUGUAUCUGACUCUCUCAGCGGAUCUGAAGGCGUUCGGUCUUCCUGAUGAUCUUCGCUCUCUCAGUCCAUUAGCAAAAAGUGACUCUGAAAAAAAAACUAAAGAGAAGAAGCAGAGGGACCAGAGGACUUGUCAGAGUGCCAGCAGUCAUGUAGGUGAUCUGGAGCAGUGUGUGAAGGGGAACGACAAGCAGCACAGAGACUCCAUCACACCUCAGGAGCUGCGUGUGGUGUGUGACAACAUGCUACAGGGUCUGGGCAGGUACCUGCGCUGUGUCGGGGUCAACGUGCUGAUGCUGGACAACACGGACGACCACAAAGUAGCAGCGGAGAUAGCUCGAAAGGAGGGUCGCAUCAUCCUCACUGCUGGACAGCCAUUUCACUCGCUCCGGUCGCAGGUUGCAGAGGGCCGCUGUCUCACUCUGGACUGUUCGGCGAAGGCUCGGGACCAGGCUGUCCUCGUCCUCAAGCAUUUCAACGUGCACCUCACGCCAUCGGAUAUAUUCAGUCGUUGCCAGGCGUGUAAUAAUGACGAGUAUCUCAGGCUGCCGAGAGAAGACGUGACUCAGAUGAUGAACAAACGAGGCCUGAUCCCGGAGCCGGAGCUGAGACCGGACGUCCGCUCGGGGGCUCAGAUUGACCCUCAGGUGGACCCGAACAGGUGUAGGCCCUCGGACGGGCCGGCGUUUGCUCCUAACUGCCGCUGGGCCCCACGCACGGCCCUCGACCCUCGCUCCUUCAGGUUAGGGGGCGGAGCCGAGGUGCAGCUGGAGACGGUUCCGCCCGGUUUGCUCCCUCGCAUCCCAGAGUACUUCAUCUGUACCCGCUGUGGGAAAGUGUUCUGGGAGGGAACCCACUUUGAUCGGGUGCUCGCUCAGUUUCAGGACAUCCUAAACCUUUCAGAUGACGACGUGACCCCCAGGAAGCCCUGAGACGAGCGUUCUGAGGUUAAAGGGCUGGAAAAAAAUCAGGAAUUUGUGUCUGAGUCCUGGGAUGCACAAAGGACCAUUUCUGGGCUUUAAAACACUAUAAAGUGAAAUAUACAGACGUGAAGGUGCAAAUACUUACGGUUAUGAUGCAUAUCUACAGCGACAGAGGAGAGAAAUGAAAAAAACACUCUGGUGUGUUUGGUUUAAAUGAAAAAUAGCGUAGCUGUUCAGUAUCACUUAGCAGAGUUGGAGCAGUCUGAGACUUUAUGAAGGUGUGACUGACAGUGUGACUGACAGUGUGUGAGACAGUGUGACUGACAGUGUGUGAGACAGUGUGUGAGACAGUGUGACUGACAGUGUGACUGACAGUGUGUGAGACAGUGUGACAGUGUGACUGACAGUGUGACUGACAGUGUGACUGACAGUGUGUGAGACAGUGUGACUGACAGUGUGACUGACAGUGUGUGAGACAGUGUGACUGACAGUGUGACUGACAGUGUGUGAGACAGUGUGACUGACAGUGUGACUGACAGUGUGACUGACAGUGUGUGAGACAGUGUGUGAGACAGUGUGUGAGACAGUGUGACUGACAGUGUGACUGACAGUGUGUGAGACAGUGUGACUGACAGUGUGACUGACA